AUGGUUGCCUUUGGGAAAAAGCUUAAGGAAAGGCAAAUUCAAGAAUGGCAAGGAUACUAUAUUAACUACAAAUUAAUGAAGAAGAGAGUGAAACAAUAUGGCCACCAAAUUGAAGUUGGAACACUAGACCGGCGCCAUGUUCUCAAGGACUUCUCAAGAAUGCUUGAUUGUCAGAUUGAAAAGAUUGUCCUGUUUCUGUUGGAGCAACAAGGGCUACUUGCAGGCAGGAUAGCCAAGCUUAAUGAAGAUCAGGAUGCACUACAACAAGAGCCUGAUAUAGCUAAGCUAUCCCAGUUGCGGGAAAAUUAUAGAGAUGUCGGGAGAGACCUCUUGAAGCUACUUUUCUUUGUUGAAAUUAAUGCUGUGGGCCUGCGUAAAAUCCUGAAGAAGUUUGAUAAGCGUUUUGGAUAUCGAUUCACUGAUUACUAUGUGAAGACUCGAGCUAAUCAUCCUUAUUCCCAGCUUCAGCAAGUGUUCAAGCAUGUGGGUCUUGGAGCUGUUGUUGGAGCCAUAUCCCGCAAUCUUCAUGAACUUCAGGAACAUCAAGGAAGUUUCUUAUCCAUCUAUGAUCAACCUGUGCUUCCACUUCAGGAUUCUGUUGUUGAUGCCAUGAAAGCAGCAGUUGACCGAUUAAGCCACUCAACCAACUUCUUGAACUUCUUGGCACAACAUGCACUUAUUAUGCAAGAAGAACUCCCAACCCCCACUGAGGAAGUCGUUGAUGAUAAGAGAUACCAUUUUAUGUCUCUUAUCUUGAAUCUAGCGAACACAUUCCUUUAUAUGAUCAACACCUAUAUCAUAGUACCCACAGCAGAUGACUAUUCCAUGAGCCUUGGUGCACCAGCAACAGUUUGUGGUAUUGUGAUUGGGUCGAUGGCUGUUGCUCAAGUGUUCUCCUCAGUAUACUUCAGUGCUUGGUCAAAUAGAUCAUACUUCAGACCUCUUGUCUUCAGUAGUAUCGCUCUUCUCAUUGGGAACGUCAUGUAUGCAAUGGCUUAUGAUUCCAAGUCAAUAACAAUACUUUUGUUAGGCCGACUUUUCUGUGGGUUGGGUUCUGCUAGAGCUGUGAACAGACGUUAUAUCAGUGAUUGUGUGCCACUUAAGAUCCGUAUGCAAGCUUCAGCAGGUUUUGUUAGUGCAAGUGCUCUCGGGAUGGCCUGUGGCCCAGCUAUUGCUGGCUUACUUCAAACAGAGUUUAAAAUCUACAAGUUCACCUUCAAUCAGAACACUUUGCCAGGCUGGGUUAUGGCUGUGGGUUGGUUCUUUUAUAUGAUAUGGCUGUGCAUCUCAUUCAGAGAACCUUCUCGCCCAACUCAAGAGACCAGGGCAGAUCCACAAACCAGUGAUGAACCAGCGAGAAACGAUGCUCUUGAGAAAGGUCUUCAACAGCCAUUGCUACCAAGUACAGAAGCCAAUCAAGAUGAUGAAGAUUGUGGGAGUGAUGAUGAAUCUGAUGAUUCUAGAGGACCAGCUAAUUCAAUUCGAUCUGCAUAUAGGCUGCUUACACCUUCUGUAAAGGUUCAAUUGUUAAUAUACUUCAUGUUGAAGUACGCCAUGGAGAUUUUACUAUCAGAGUCUAGUGUCGUGACCACAUACUACUUCGGCUGGUCUACUAGCUCAGUGGCAAUAUUUCUCGCCUGCUUAGGCCUCACUGUCCUUCCUGUGAAUAUCGUAGUUGGAAGCUAUAUAAGUAACAUGUUCGAAGAUAGGCAAAUCUUAUUAGCAUCAGAGAUCAUGGUUUUUGUGGGCAUACUCCUAAGCUUCCACAUAUUAGUUCCGUACAGCGUGCCACAAUACGUCUGCUCAGGUCUCAUUAUGUUCGUCUCUGCAGAAGUACUCGAAGGCGUCAACUUAUCGUUGCUCUCUCGAGUCAUGUCGUCGAGGCUCUCACAGGGGACGUACAACGGUGGGCUACUCUCGACAGAGGCAGGUACGUUAGCUCGUGUGGUGGCGGAUGUAACGAUUACCAUGGCAGGUUACUUGGGGCAGAAAACACUGCUGAAUGUGACUCUUCUGCCUUCUCUGAUCAUUUGCAUAACUUCCAUCCUCGCCACAUGCUUCACCUACAAUUCGCUGUAUUGA